AUGCGUUCGACUCUGUACAUUGCCGCGUCUACCAUGAUGCUUCUGUCCACCGGUGACAGUCAUAUCGUCUUGGAGAACCCACUGCCCUUUCGAAAGGCGGAAGACGGACCUUCGAACCCAAUCUCAGGAGCAACUUUCCCAUGCAAGGUACCUGCAGGCCAGCGUCUAGAGAUGGACGGACCUCCUACGGAAAUGGCCAUUGGCGAGGAUCAGUUGCUGACCUUUAAGGGGACUGCUGUCCACGGCGGCGGCUCUUGUCAGAUCUCGCUCACGUCCGACAUUGACGACUCGUUCCAACCCAGCAAGGACAGCAGGUUCUUUGUCAUCCACUCCAUUGAGGGUGGCUGCCCGGCCCGAAACCAGGCCGGUAAUCUGGACGGCCCAAACACGGAUCAGUACUACUUCAAGAUCCCCGCGGGCGUCUCGCCUGGAAAUUACGUCCUCGGGUGGACGUGGGUGCCUCGAAUUGGCGGUCAGCCAGAGUACUACAUGCAAUGCGCCCCAAUCGCAGUCACGGCCUCGACAACCAAGGCGAAGCGUCUGCCGCUCUCGGAGAGGAGAGAAGGGCUCGUCUCCAAGCGUGAGGAAAGCUUUCCCGACCUGUGGAUGGCUGACCUGGAUGACCUCACUGGCGGCUGUACAAACAAUGAGGCUCUGGUGCAACAAGUAGCCAUUGCCUACCCAAAUCCAGGUAAGUACAUUGAUCGACCGACCCCAGACGAGCAACUGUUCCAGCAGGUAUGUGACGGCAAUCCCCGCCUUCAGGGUGGUGCGCCCGCCGAAUCAAGUGCGGCAUCGUCUGCGGAUCUGUCGACCUCGGCAUUGUCUUCUACUGUACUGUCCUCGGCCGUGUCAUCUGCCCCUACGUCCACAUCUUUGGUCCAGACGCCCUCUUCGACUCUAGCCGCGACAUCUUCAGCCACCCUUACUCCGACGACGGUGGAUGUUGUUCCAAUCACUAGCACUCUCCUGACCGCCUCGACUCUGAUCUCGUCCGUGACACCCGCUUCGAGCACAAGCAGCACUGGUACGGUUGACAGUAGCCCAGACACUUCGGCCUGCCAGGAAGGAUAUCUUCUCUGCGUGAAUGGUACGCAGUUCUCUACCUGCACUGGCGGAAGCUGGACAGACCCACAACCUCUUGCCCCGGGGACAACGUGCGUCGGCGGUGCUGGUGUUGGACUGGAUAUUGUCCAGCCGUACUAG